GAUAUAAUAUGUAUAUUCUUGUUGCGAGGACGUAACUUUGAACAAGUCGUCUGCAUUUUUUCAUAGUAGAAAAAAUAUGUGGGCAAAAAAUUAUCAAUCCCCGCGCCGCUUACGAAUUGGAGUAUGAAUACAAAAGUUCGGAAAGAAACAUGAAAGUAGCAAAAGUUGACGGAGAAUGCUGAUCCGUGGAAAACGUGAUAUCGUCCAUGCCUUUCAGUUGUGCUGGUGUGUGCUUUUCCUAACUUGUACCGUGACCAGUACAGAACAGUACUGGUUCCAAGGAUGUUACUCAAGAUUACAAAGAACUGAUAUGCAACAGGAAUUGUCCAUAGAAAAACAGCAUGGUUUCUUAAACUAUUCCCAAUGUCUUAGCUUCAGAGUCGCGGAGUGUUGUCGAGAUUGCCUUCAGCAAAGGUUCAAAUUGGCCGCAGUUGGUGAUGAGUGUGUAUGCCUAAAUGUAACGAAUAAACUGUUUGAAGAAGCUGCAGGAACUUGCCAGAGAUCAAAAGAAAAGAGCUGCUUUUCAUUUCCUUGCUGUCCAAGCAACUCCUCUGCCAUAUUUCUGACUGAGGGUUCGUUUUUAGCCGAUAUCGAAGUCAGUGUUGACGUGGACCAUAUUAUCAUAAACAGAGCUGUUGUCAUAGAAAUAUUGGUGAAAUUUCCAAAACUACUAAAUGUAUCGAAAGCUUUGAAGGACCAAACCAAGUUCCAUGAGUUGGAGAUUGUGUGGACUUAUCCUGACUACAGGGACACAGUGUUAACAGAGGCCCAUAGCCCAGAGACCUAUUACAGAAAACAGCAUACUUUUACUAAGGCUGGGCCUCACGUCAUUAAUGUGUAUGUCACCAACACGAUAUCAGAACUAUCAGCUAACUUAUCAGUCAAUGUCCUUGACCCUUCACCUUAUGACCUCCAGAUUUUAAACUUGGUUGACCUGUUUGAUCAACCGUCAUGUAUACCAAAAGAAUACGCUGUUCCAGACGAGGUCCAGUUCUUCUCCGUGUUUCAAGGAGCAAACUUUUCACUAGAAGUAUCAGUCUCUGUGGGAGAGGAUGUGACCUUCACCUUUGAGGAGAGGACAUUACAGGUCAAAAAGGUUAAGGAUGCAGAUUCCUGCUUUGAUGGCUGUUCCACAAAACAGUGGUUCGUUGUUCAUACUCUAGGAGUACACCAAUUAUGGAUCACAGCAGAGAAUCAUUUUGGGAAGCUGACCAAAUCUGUUUUCAUAGUUGUGAUGCAGAGGAAACUUUCCAACCUCAAAAUUUCAACAUUGGAUUCCGAUUCCCGGGUGAUGGCAGCGGGAACCGUUGUCGAUUUCUUAAUCCAGGUUGAAAUUCGUACCCGGUUCAACUCUACAAUGACCAUUGAUGCACUGGACGGUCACACACACGUGGCUACUUUGGAAGAUACGGAUGGUCAAACUCUGGCCUUAAACUGCACAGUGGGAGAAAUGUUUGUAACAGCCAAUUAUGGGAAUGGGUGUCUUUUAAAUGUCAGAUUUCAGCAUGCAUUUGAAAAUGAGAAAGCUUUCCGACCGAAAGCGACUGUACUGAGUGGUAAUUUGUCCAUAGAGGCAGAGCUGGACUCCAGAGUCACAAUCAUGAACCGGCUUAUGCUGAUCGAGAUUGUCUCCCCUGGUUUUUGCUCAGUUGACAAAGUGUGUGUGUUUCACUUGCAAUUUGAGCCAUUUUCUGAUUUUGCCGAGAUAACUUGGAGUAUCUAUAAAAAUAAUGAUGUGAUGGAGACCUUUGAAAAUUUGACAAAGCUCAGUUACAUGUUCAACGAAUCAGGAUAUUUCCACAUUUCUGUGGAGGGGAGGAAUAGCAUUAGUUCUGUAGCAGAUUCUAUUAAUGUCCAUGUGUUUGUACCUUUGUCAGAAUUGCACCUCCAGUGCGAGGGUGGGUAUGUUUUCUCUGAAGCUCAACAAAUUCUGUGCCAUGCAUAUGUCAUGGAGGGUACCAAUGUACAGUUCUCUUGGGUUGUCCAUACUGAAAGACGACCAAUGGCAUCCAUAAACACUAAUAUAGAAGGACCAAUCAAAACGGUGAACACAAAUUUAUCGUCCGAUGCCACUUUCAUGUUUGAAAAUGUAGGAUUUUACAACAUUAGUGUGACUGCCCUCAAUAGGGUCAGUAAACUCUCUCAUUAUCUUCCACGUCUCAUUGAAAUACAGGACGAGAUUUUGUUUGUUGUCAUGAAGAGAGGAUGGGCGGAGUACCCAAGGGGCGUGGUCAUGUUAGGGGAUGUAACUCUGUUUCUAGUAAAAACUUUUGGAGGGAGCAAUGCGCAUUUAGAAUUUGACACUGGGAUGGGGAGAAGAAAGUACAAUCAUCUUUAUAUUAAAGAUGAGGACUUAUAUGAAGUGCACUUCAGGUUCUCAAAAGAAGGAUUUCAUGAUUUGGUGGUUUAUGCAUAUAAUGAUGUGUCAGAAGUGCAGUAUUCUAUCAGAGUGUUGGUCCAGCAACCAGUUACCAGAUUAUCCUUGACUACAAACCAAAUGCAACCUCGCGUGACAUCUGCUCUGGUCUUCAUGGUUUUGGAAAAUGGACGGAUCUGCCGACGGAGUGACCUAGUGUACGUAUUUACAUUUUCUGAUGGAGAAAAAAUAACGACAGGAAGUCCAGCAGUGUCAAAAGUUUUCACCCAUUCAGGAUCACAGUAUGUCAACGUCACAGUAUCAAAUCUAGUGGACCAGAUUCUUCUCUACUAUGACUUUACAGUGAGAGAUGAUGGGGAACAUGGAAUCCUAUUGUCCAAUCCUGUCUUUGUGGCUGUCAAUCAGCCAAUCAAAUUCCAUGUUCAGGGCAUUGAUGUAGAGACGUUCAAUGCUGAGGUUCGGUUUGGAGAUGGAGACCAACCUAUUGUUGUAUCUACCAUUAAGUGGGAACAUGUGUACAAGAUACCUGGGAUAUAUGAGGUGUCAGCCAUUCUCCACACGGUUAGUCGUGGGAAUAUAGAAGUAAGAAGUGUGGUUAUUGCUCAGGUUCCACUACGAGAGCUGGUCAUCAAUGCACCAAGUUUCAUCAAAAUUGAUAGAAUAACCAGAGAACAUUUGUUUGAAGCAGUGAUUAUCGGUGGUGGAUCCCAAGUUUUAUACUCCUGGUCUCUGAAUGAUCACAGGACCCCAAUCAGCACCGUGAACUGGAUUGUUAAAGAAAUAAUGGACCCAAGUACCAAUGUGCUAAUGGUGGGUGCGAGAAAUGACCUGGGAGAUGAAUUGUUUGCUGUGCAGGAAGUCAAAGUUCAAUAUCCUGUUCUGAAAGUGACCUUAAUAUCAUCACCAGUUGCUGAAGGUCAUCUCUGUGACAUCACAAUCUGCAUCACAGGAAGUCAGAAUGUGAAUAUUGAUAUUGAUUUUGGUGAUGAUUCAUCAUCUACAUUAUCUACAGGUGAUUCAGAUCUAACUGUAGACAAAACCUCUUCUUCAUAUCUCCCUAAAUACAACCUGGUCAUAAAACACAAAUAUGACGUGAAAGGUCAGUAUGAGGUUAAAGCUAAUGUGUCCAAUGACGUUUCCUGGGCAACUAGUGAUGUUGUGGUGGAGGUAGGGGAGAGAAUUGGUGACGUGACCCUGGAGAUUCUGUCUGGACACUGGGAGCAGGAUUCAGUGUACGUAAUGUCCAUCAGCAGCCCUCUGACAGUCAGGGCCACUGUGGGCAGGGGAGAUAACCUCACCUUCACCUGGGAUUUCUCUGAGUAUUCUGAAGGAGGAACAAAUGAUCAUAAUGGAAAUGAGACCUCUAGCACUGUCACCUAUGUCUUCAGCUUGGCCGACCUCUUCCAAGUUUCUGUGAAAAUAAGCAGUCCAUUUUACUCGAAGCCCAUUAUAUUUCCAUUCAAACACCAGUUCAUGGUGGUGCAGGAGAUCCAGAGUGUAUAUAUGAAGGUUGUCAGUCCAGACAAAACUGCUCUCCCCCUGAGGAGAAGGAAUGGGGAAAUUCAGACAGAGGAAAUUUAUUUUGAAGCAAGUUGUGAGAAGGGGUCUCACAUUUCGUUCCAGUUUGACUUUGGAGAUGGCACCUCCUUGGUGGUUCCUGGUGUGGAAGUUAUGUUCCCACAUUACAUUAAAGGAACCACCUCUCAUAGGUACACUCAAGAGGGAGUAUAUAACAUCACAGUAAUAGCCAUGAAUCCCCUUGGCAACAAGACAACAACCCUUGACAGGCCCAUCUAUGUACAGGCAGCCUCCCUCGUUGGUCUGAAGCUUGACAAAUCUGUGUACUACACGAAACUUGGUGAUGUCACUGUCAUGCGUGCAAAUUACACUUAUGGUACUGGUGUGACGUUUGAUUGGAAACUAGGAGACCAGUUUGAUAUUCUCAGUGACUCAGGGUCAGUGAUGAGGCACACGUACCAGAAUGUAGGAGAGUACCGGGUAACAGUCAUUGCCAAAAACAAAGUGUCCUCACAGACGGAACAAGCACUGGUGGUUGUACAGAGUGGUAUCCAGGGAGUGAGGUUGAUAGCCAGUAGUAACACCACUGAAGUGAACCAGAUUGUUCGCUUGACUGCCAAGACGUUACCGAACUCUGGCAUGGGGACGUAUCACAACUGGAACUUCGGGGACAACCAGAAAGGCCAUCUGUCUUCUGAACCAGCUGUAGACUAUGUUUACAGGAGAACUGGGCAGUUCAUUGUAACAGUCACAGCAUACAACAAUGCCAGCCAAGCGGAGUCACUCCCGGUGGAGAUAAUGGUCAUGUCGAAAGUCAAGAUGCUUGAAGUUCGGUGUCUGAAUGACUCCUUGGUGAAUCGUAGUCUGGAGUUUGGGGCCUUUAGUUAUUCCGGGUCCCACCUGACCUACAAGUGGGACUUUGGAGAUGGCAGUCCUCCACUUUACACCACCGCCAGGGAGCCACAAGCCAGUCAUACUUAUGUCAAUGUUGGGAGAUAUUUCGUAACACUAACGGCCUUCAACGAGAUUAGCAGUGACACAGAUGUGAUAGAACUGUUUGUGUUGGAUCGAGUGUGUAAGCUGCCAAAGUUUAAAGUUCAAAGUCAAGACUUCACAAAGAUAUUCCGCUCCGACGUUAUUUACUUUGAGGCAGAGGUCGCUCGACUUCAAUGUGAGUACACAACUGAGAUUGAGUUUCAGUGGGGCAUGGUGGACCAAAAGACGAAUGCACCAGUGUUUGUACAGAAUUUGGAUCCGUCCCUCUUCCAACGCAGGGUUCUUAAACUACCACCGAGGAGUCUGGAUGUGGGGGAGUACACCGUAAGCCUGAUGGUCAAAUAUACGGGAACUGUGGUGUAUGCAACUGAGAAAUUACAGAUAGAGGUGGUGCCGGCACCACUUGAUGUUCACAUUGAUGGUGGGGCACUGGUAACGGUUGGAUACCGUGGAAACAUCACUCUAAAUGGAACAAAGUCAAAUGAUCCAAACUCGGAAUCGUUAUCUCAUUUAAGAUUUAACUGGACAUGUAGCACAAGUCAGAACAACAUUGAAGAACAAUGUUUCCAUGACAAUGUGUCCUUGACCUUUAACAUGGCUGAUCCAGUUUGGACCUUCCCUGUUACUUGGUUACAAAGUGGACAACAGUACCUGUUCAUUUUAACUGUGUCAGCUGAUGACCUGGAGCCUCAGAAUGCCACACAAGUCAUAGAGGUGGCAGAACGCGGUGUCAAAGUAGCCAUAGACUGUCCUGUUUGUCAACGUGACAUCAUAGGUGAAAAUGAACCAAUCAGAAUGGAGGCUGUGUGCCCUGAGUGCAUCAGGAGACUGGGUGUGAGUUACGAGUGGACACUUUCGUAUGUUAAGGAAAUGACAAACCUAGUUACUGAUAAAAACAGGAAAAGACAUCCCGUGCAGUGUAGAUAUGGUGGGAAAUCGCAGUAUGAACUCUGGCAGCUCAACAACACAAAGGCCAACAGUUUAGCCUCAGACCAAACAUCGACUGUCAUUGGAACAACGACUGAGGAGUAUAAAACGGAGACACUCACACCCCCUGUCUCAACUACAGAUAGAACAGGUGUCAUUCACCCAGUGAUAAAUGAAGGCAGGUCUUCCAAGGGUAGGAUUAUCACCACUCGCAAUGGAGCUGGAGCUGAGGAAAAACAGGGAAUGGGGGGAGUGGAAAACAGCUUUCCCUUCAUAAGUGUCUCAGAGGGCACAGAAAACGAAGGCAGACGUAAAACUGGGCAUCCCCGACAGGAGGAGACUGGGCCCGAACUGAUGUCCGGUGUGAAGGAGGGAUUCCCAGGGGAAGAGGGCAGUUCUAAAGGGCGAAUACCAGGAAAGAUUGGUGAUGGCCAAGGAGUUGACCGUAUACCCGAUUUAGAUACCAACAAUGGAAAGAUUGGUGAAAGCCUAGGAGGGAACCGUAAACCCGACUUAGGCACCAACAAUGGUGAUGACAACGUAAAUGACCAGAACUUAGAGAUAAAACCGGACACCAUAGAUCUGAUGAUCAACAGGGGAACUGAACUGAUUUUGACCAAUAUUGGACUAGCCACUGCAAAGAACUCCAAGUCACUUGUCAUCAAACCAUACCAGCUCACCCCUGGAAGGACAUAUGUAAUCCACCUCAAAGUGCAGAAUGGUCAGCAAAAUGGAGAAGCCAAAGAGACGGUCUUCGUCAAUUCUGGGCCGAGUAACGGUGCCUGCGAGGUAGCACCAUUCAGUGGAGAAGAGUUUAAGACCGAGUUCAAGGUCUUUUGUCGGGAGUGGCAGGAUGAGCAUCAACCUAUUCAAUAUCAAGUGACCUUUGACCUUGGAAGUAACCAUUCAGAAGUGUUCCUGUAUCGAGGCCUAAGGAAGAGUGUUGUGUUCAAGUUACCAGCUGGUCUCCCUGAGAACAAGUUUGAAGUUUUCCUGAAGGUUUCGGUACUGGACGGACAGAAUGCAGCAUUGCGGUAUUGUUCCACCUCCAUUACAGUACGGCCAGCUAGACUCAGCGGGACGGACGGGAGGGAGAUAGGUCGCAGUGAUCCAGGAAGUGAGAGGAUGACGGUGGGAAACACAAUAUCUGAGCUAAAGAAUCAGUAUGAUAGCUGUGUGAAGAAAGACAACAGUCAAACUAGGAUUCUCACCAUGUACUUAGCCAUGCUUCUGACCAGGGGAGGUCACUCUAGAUAUGAAGGACUACAUCAGGAGCUUCUGACUAAUCUUGGGGAUCUUCCCAUGCAGUAUGAAGUUGAUAUUCUGCAGACAGCACAAGCGUUAGUUCAACUGACAUCAAGUCCUAUCAAGAUGAACAAAGCAUGCCUGGGAGUGUCUACCAGCUUAAUGCAGCGCAUUGUGGAAAAAUCUGCAAUGAUCUCCAGUGAAAGACAGUCCCCUAUCCAGGGUCUUCUCCCUUUAGCAAUGGAGGCGGGGUCAAAUAUUGUCAAGGCUAUUUCUAUGGCUGCCAGAGCUCAAACUGAUUUGUGGUUCUUCAGAGAGAAACUAGCACAAAGUAUAGAGUCGCUGGAAAAAUUUGUCAAGAAUGAGAUUCAAUAUCACAUGAUCGGAGAACCACCAAUCAGGACACAGGAAGCAGGCUUUAUGUCGGCACUAGCUGGAGUGUUCGAGUUCCAGAUCACACCUACACUGAAUAUUGGCAAAUCAAAAAUAGUCUUACCAAAGCAGCUGGCCUUCCCUACGAACAAACAAAACACCACUGAGACUGUAGAUUAUGGCGGAAUUCCCUCCCUUGGUAGGGUCUCGAGAGCCACCACACCUGACUGUCUUAGAACAGAAUUUCUGAGAUACGAAACCAAUCCAUACCAAUUUGUCCAAAAAGGAGAAUUUAUGGUUAACUCUGAAGUGACCACAUUGAACAUCUACGAUUGUCAUGGAAACAGUAUUGAGAAUCUUCAGGACGAUGAUGCAGUAUCCAUUCAGUUACCACGGCGAAACCAGAGUACUGACCAGGAAACUGUGUACCAGCUGACCAAAUCUAACAUGAACGUUCACCAGUUCAACCUUACUAAACGAAGUAUUCAGCAAACGCUGCACCUCCACAUACGCAUGGCAGCAGUGACUCGGGGCAGGGUCUUUCCAACCGCCAUUCUGAUUGGGUACAAGACCCACCCCACCCCCCAGAGGUAUCUGCUGAAGAAGGAAAAUCCAGCCACGCAGAACGAGAUCCGGAUCACCAUUCCAGAAGGCUACUUAAAUGCGUCUGGCGAAUAUUAUCUGGGUUUUGUGGAUGCCAAGUACAACGCUGGCAGACCACGCCCAGGGGAGGUACAGAGCCGGAACUACACAUUACAUAUCUGGCAUACCAGAUGUCUCUACUGGGAGGCGGAGCAAAAUUAUUGGUCACGUGAUGGUUGCUGGGCAGCGGACGAGUCUACAUACGAAGUGACUCAUUGCAGGUGCAAUCACUUAUCGACAUUCGGAUCUUUCUUUGGAGAGACAGUACCGAUACUGACAUUAAUUCCAGUGGAGACGUUCUUUGAAGCCAAUGAGAACCCGCUGUGUGUGACUAUCCUCAUCGUGGCUCUGGUCGUCUACGGUGUUUUAAUGGUGGCGUGCUACAGGAAGGAUCAGCAUGACGCCAGAAAGGGCGGGAUUCUCUACCUGAGGGACAAUGCACUGACUGACCAACAAAAAUACGAGGUCAUCGUGGAGACGGGAUUCCGGAGAGGGGCGGGAACAACCGCUAAAAUUAGUGUUAUUCUACAUGGAGAGGAAGGAAUGUCGGGUACUAGGGAGCUGAUCAGCGAUGACGACAGACCGCUGUUUGAGAGGAACUCCAGGGACAAAUUCAUCCUCACUCUCCCAGACAGCAUUGGGAAAAUCUGGAAAGUCCAAAUCUGGCACAACAACACUGGUGCCUCCCCUAGCUGGUACCUCAGUAGAGUUAUAGUGAAGGAUCUCAAUACGGAGAGGAUGUUCUACUUUAUUUCUGAGAAGUGGCUGGCAGUGGAAGAGGAGGAUGGGAAAGUGGAGCGAGAAUUCCUGGCCCUAGAAGGGAACCUUGGAUUCAAAAGGGUGUUUCUGACGAAGGGAACCCAGUAUUUGGCGGACUACCACCUGUGGUUGUCUCCCUUCACCUGUCCCUCGUACAGUCAGUUCACGCGGAACCAGAGGCUCACAUGCUGUCUGACCCUGUUAUGUGUCUACAUGUGUUUAAACACACUGACAUACCACUACACGCACACAACGUACCGCGGUGAAUUUGGCCUGCUUGACCUAUCUUGGAACAGCGUUACCAUAGGAACCAUUUGUUGCAUAGUAGCCAUUCCACUCAAUUUCCUUUUAUCCUUUCUCUUCCGCAGAAGUAAGCUGGUACCCACCGAUAGCAGCAAAACUUCGCUUACCGAGGACAAAGAUGAAGACGCCUACCCCAGCGGGAAACCGAACGCGACCUCACAGGAAGAGGAAACGGACACGUCAGCGGAAGUCGUACAACCAAUUAUGACGUAUUCGAUCCUAGAUCAAUCCAUACUGAACUGGCCCGCAAUACAGGGCUGGGCUCAGAAGCAGUGGAUAAAACGACAACAAACAGUGAUCAAGGAAUGCCAGAGUUCACAAACAGAUACCUUACUGAAUAAAUUGAUAGGCUCAGAGACAGACAUGGCGUCCAGCGGGUUUGAGGACUCGAACAGCACGGACCCACGCCCCCAAGUCAACAUCAGUUCUCCCGCCAUCAGCAUCAAAAACAAGGCACCCUCUGAGAGCAGUCAGACCACCACAAAAUCUCCAGCCUCGACUAAGAAGAAUCCCAGUUCCCGUCUUCUUUUACCCACAUGGAUGCAGUACAUCACCUGGUGUCUUUGUGUCGUCAUUAUCGUCUGCUCUGCCGUCCUGACGGUGUGGAUAGGCAUCCGGUUUGACGAAGUUCGCAGUAUCUUGUGGCUUCAGUCCCUCUACAUCUGUGUGAUGGUCUGUGUAUUCGUAGUCCAUCCUACAAUGAUUUGCUUGUCCGUUCUGUACACAGCGGCCAGAUAUCGCUGCGAUCCCGGUAUAUUAGAUCAUUAUGAAGAGGCAUACUUUGGAGAAACUGCAGAAAGGGAAAUAAUUCGCCAAAGGAAAGAACAAUCGGGUGAAAGUGUAAACGAGGCUGAAGAGCUGGAGAAAGCUGUGGCGGCGAGACAGAGAUCCCGAUAUCUACGGUUCGCUCGACCUCCUCAAGAGAAACAGCUCAUUGAAGCAAGGAAAAAAGUCCUGAAAGAGAAGAAGGCCCUUAGCAUUCUAAUAGACAUUAUAUCGCUGGUGGUCAUGUUUCUCGUUGUCUGUGUGAUGGCUUACGGCAAAGAUAUACAGCCAGAAUACCAUAUCAACAGGGCCGUCUCCGACCAUUUCCUCAGGGGAGGCAACCAAAGCUUUGAAUCCAUAAAAUGCCGACAGGAUUGGUUCAAUUGGGCAUCCACAACCUUGGUAGACAAGAUUUAUGCGGACAAUUCGCUAAAGAAACAGAAACCAGUUUUACAAGGAAAUAUUUAUAUAAUCGGUCACGUGCAGCUACGAAAGGUAAAGGUCACCGACAGAGCAUGUGCAGACAUGGACCAGCUUCCUUACCUGUCCUUAAAAUGUCGACAGAAUUCGCCAUCAUUACCACGUGAUCAAGACUAUGCCACAUUUAAAGGAAAAACCUCACCAUAUCUGUUAUUUGGUCGCCAUGGUAUUUACGAUAACUCAGGAUACGUUUUAAAGCUGGAUCAUUCCAGAAAUCAGACUCGAAAUCAAAUCCUAAAUCUGACCUCUAUAAACUGGAUAGACGACUACACAAAAGCGGUCUUCGUUGAAUUCACCACAUUCCACCCGCCCUCCAGUCUUUUUACUUCUGUUCAGCUGUAUUUGGAAAUAUCAGAUACAGGAGAUGCAUUUCCUGGAAACAGCAUCAGCUCCACCUACCUGUACAAGUAUAUAACAAGGGCAGAUAACUUUCUCCUGUUUUGUGAGAUGAUAUUCAUUUUGGUGACUGUCUGGAAAUUAAAAGUCGUCAUCUGUGACGUCAUAAAACUCCAUUGCUUGUUUUUCCAGUGUGGUUGGAAACUUCUGCAGGGCAUAUUGAGCGUGGUAUCUGUGACUUACAUAGGGUGCAAUGUCUACCGAUUCUUUCUGGUGUCAAACAUCCUAGAAUUACAGCGGAGGACUUAUAACGAGGACUUUGUGGACGUCUCAUUUGUCACAUUCUGGGACGAGUUAUUGCGAUGCAUGGUUGGCUGUGUGUUGUUUGUUGUCAUUUUACAAUCGUUACGACUUCUACGAUUCGAGAGAAUGUUUCUACUGUUUGGUAAAAUUUACAGCCGGACUCACAAGGAGCUCAAAUUACUGGCGGUUCUCAUGCUAAUCAUCCUUCUGACGUUCGCUUCUCUUGGACAUGCCUUAUUCGGAGCCUUCUUUUUCGGUUUUAUUGACUUCUGGAGCAGUAUAUUUACUGUAUCUGCCAUAUUUUAUGGGCGCUAUGUGGACUUGACCUCUGAACCCUCUCUGAUCCAUGCCACACGGAUGUUCGUGCUAUUUGUCACCAUGCUUAGUCUUGGCCUUUCUACGGCAUAUGUUGUAGCUUUCCUUUCCUAUCGUUUUCGUAUAACCAAGAGGCGACAGCAUAAGGUGCUGGUACUAAGCGGACCGGAAACCCUGAUGUACUAUUGGCGCAUGCUCCGACUCUGGUCUGGAUUGUCUGCCUCAGACAUUAACAUAGAACAGGAAGUGGAACCCGACAACACACUUCCUCCGGAAUUUACAAUGGCUGAAAUAGAAUAUCAAGUGGACGAACUAUUCUUCCGAAUCGCAGCUUUGUCGGGUUCCCACGGUCUGCCUGAAAAACCCACCAACUACUUCACAGAUUCUGAUGGCACUUAUGGCGCGGGGGAUGAUGGGAUAUCAAGUGGUGGAUCUGAGGUUCACGAUGAAGGAAGAUAUGAACGUGCUCAGAAGAUUGAAGACAACAUUUGCUGUCUAGAACCUUGGAGACUUGAACAUCGUGUUCACAAGAUUGAAGACAAUCUUUGCAGAGAGCCAUACUUAGCGCAGCUUCUAAAGAUAGAUAACAUCGGAACCGAAAAUCUAUCCAAAGACCAAGAAAACCAAAUCAGGUCGCAUUUGGAACUGGAAAUAUUCCGACAACUGCAAAUUCAGAGGCAAGAACCAGCAGACGAGAAUGAGAAAGCUGGACAGAUACCGGAUUCAACUGAUCAAGACCAGAAAUGUGGGGUUCCAAUCAAUGACACGACAGGUGUAAAUUCUACUCUAAUCACAGAAGUAAAGCACCUGGACGGGAAACGAGAUAUACGCUCUCGAUUUGGUGAAUCGGAUUUCAAGUCUCAAGAAAAUAGUUCCUCAAAUCCCGAUUCCCCGGAAUCCACUAAAAACUCUUCUACUAAUACCAAAAAAAGUAUCCAGGAAGACACAUCGCCUGAAAUUAGUCAAAUAAAAACAGGGGUCAAAUCACAGAUUUCAAAAACUGUGAAGAAACCAGAUUUACCGGCCAAACCAACUUUCCUCAACUCCGGUCCAUUACGGGGAGGGUUGUCAAAUGACGUCAGUAAACCAUCAUUGAUUAGUAGUCCUACAUUACGACAGCUGAAAUCUGACAAAAUCGGCAUCCGUGGGGAAAAGAGUGGGGUUAAAGGUGAAAGCAAUAGCGGAAGUAGUAUUACGGAGUCUAGUUCCGGGUCUGAACAGGACGCGAUACAUGGACAUAUUCCACCGAUCGGGAAACGGAACUUACGUAAGACAAAGUCACGUGGUAAAGGAAAGGGACCAGUGAAUCUGUCGUCUGUUCUUCUGGAUGAAAUCGAAAGUGAACUCAGACAGCGAGAAGUUUCCGGCGGUGAAGAUGACCACUUUGUUAUUUUAGAACAGGAUGUUUUGGAGGAUCAAGAUAUUGACGAUAAUUUAGAUGCUUAAAAUCAAUUUAUUUUUUAUCUUAAUGAAUAUACAUGUAUAUAUUUUGAA